UUGGUUUGGCUCUUUCGGCGAUCCCGCAAGCUCAGCGUAGUUAAGUACGUUCCGAAGACCCGAAUGUCCUCGCCUCCGGACCACCUCCCGCCCGAUUGGUCCCUCUCGGGGUCCAUGUGCCGCGUCUGUCUGCGCUCCGACCCAGCUGCUUCGUGGAGUUUGUUCGAGUGCACCGUCGCCGGGAAGAGUCUCGUGCAGGCACUGUCGCUGGUCGGUGGAAUCCAGGUUCAAACGGGGGACAACUUCCCCAAGUCGUGCUGCUCGAACUGUUUGGCCCGCGUGGAGGCGGCGCUCAAGCUGCGGGAGCAGUGUUUGGAGUCGGAUCGGCGGCUGGGAGUGAUGUUUGCGGUGACGGUUAAAAAUGAACCCCCCGAGGAGGAGGAGGAGGAGGAAGAUCCGUUUGUGGCCUGCUCGCAAGGGUACUUUGAGCCGGCCCGGGCGGAGGAGCAUUCGGUGGCGUCGGUGCUGCAGCACUUUGGACUGGACGGGUUUCUGGCGAUCGUUGAGGGACAGGAUUUGGAAUCGGUUGAGCUUUUUAGCUGUUUGUUGGAACAAGAUUUGCAGAAGAUGCUGCCGAACGAGACGGUGGGGACGAUUAUCCGGUUCAGGAAAGCAGUUGCGCAUGCCAAACAACUGCUUGCAAAAAGCUCAUCAGAUGAGAGGAAAGCCAAGCACGUUGAACCAGAACCAAUUCCACGGAAGAAACGAAGAAUAGAGAGGCCACUUCUGGAGCAUCCGGUCAUUGUGGCGAAUCCCAAUCAAGAUCACGUGAAUCUCCCCGCCCUGCUGCAAACGUUCGAGGGCCAAUGCAUCAUGACGCACUACGUCCGGAACGGCAACCAGCUGGACAACCAAACCCAGGGCAAGCUGCUGAAGCUGAUCGUGGAACAGCUGGCCGUGACGGUGCGCAUCCAGGACAUCCAACGCAGCUGGUUCGAGGCGAUCUUUGCUGCCAUCGUUGAGGCGUUCCCGUCGGAGAGCGAACUGAUCGAGGUUUACCGCGGGAAGCUGCAGCAGAUUCGGUACAAGCUGACGCGGAAGAUUAAGCGGAAUUCUGGGUUUGAGGUGGCGGAGCAGGGCAAUGGGGUUGCGGUUAAUGGCGAGGAGGAGCCGUUGAUUGAUGAGGACGAAGCGAUCGCGUCCAAGUUGUGGCUUCAGGGUGGUCGUGAACCGUGGAAGAGUGUGCUGCUACAUUGGGACAAGAGUUUCCAGCUGAGAAACAAGAUCUACCAAAGCAGUGGGAGCAAUAAGCUAGGGGAACUCUGGCGAGACGACGGUUGGCCAAUUCUAAAGCAGCCCAACGGCCUCGACCUGAUUCGACGAGACUUCAACCGGAUGUUUUCCCCUUCCAGCGACGUCUUCCAGGUUUGGCCCCGCAUCAAGAAGGCGGUCUGCACCUUUGGCCGGCUCAACCUGAAGAACAAGAACCUGCUCGCCGUCCUGGCCAAGUUCGAGGAAGGUGGCUACACCGACGACCACCUCUUCAUCCAACUCCUUGCAGGGCUCCUCCCCCCAGGAAUCACCACCCGUAAAUUCCGCCCCAAAUUCGAAGAAAUCAACGCGGCGUUCAUGCGCGAAGUCGCGUCCCUCGCGGAAGUCGACAAAGCACUCGCCAAGUACCGAACCGCCCUCGCCGAACACAAACUGUCCGUUCAACCGCACGUCCUGCACAUCGCCGACCAGUCCCGCUAUCUGGUCUACGUCGGGGAAGGUCGCUACUAUGAAGCGCGGGGAGGUCUCCUCGAUGCCGUGGACGGGGUGUUGAAGGUGUGUCUGGUGACGGGGCAGGCUUUUACGGCGGAAGCGAAGCCGAUGUGGACCUUUGUGCAGCGGUUCUGCUACGGGGUGAAGACGGACAGCGACAACUCGUACGCGUGCUUGAGGUCGCUGCAGGCGUUCUUGCGACAGGCGCAGGAGAGGGAGUAAGGAAUCUACGAUCUUUUAAUUUUUUUUUUAAUCUGUGGUAAGUUAGUAUUUCAGCACACCAAGUUAUUCUUUUCUUCUGUGUGACUUAAUUGUGUUGAACAAGUUCAAACCUGAGCGUGGCAUUAUACGUUUCAAUGUUCCAAUUAA